CCCUCUCCGAGCCGGACAGCACAGCCCCUGGCCCGGCAGCCCGGCAGUGGAGGACACAUCCAGGCUUCCAGGCGCCGCAGCCCGCUGUGACAGUGGACCUAACAUCGCCUUACUUUGUGGACAUGGGAGACAUGGGGGAUCCGCCGAAAAAGAAGCGGCUGGUAUCUCUGUGCGUGGGCUGCGGGAACCAAAUCCAUGACCAGUACAUCCUGCGGGUCUCCCCGGACCUGGAGUGGCACGCCGCCUGUCUCAAAUGUGCCGAAUGCAGCCAGUACCUGGACGAAUCCUGCACGUGCUUCGUCCGGGACGGAAAGACUUACUGUAAACGGGACUACAUCAGGUUGUACGGGAUUAAAUGCGCUAAAUGCAACAUCGGCUUCAGCAAGAACGAUUUUGUGAUGAGGGCCCGCUCCAAAGUCUACCACAUCGAGUGUUUCCGCUGCGUGGCGUGCAGCCGGCAGCUCAUCCCGGGGGACGAGUUCGCUCUGCGGGAGGACGGGCUCUUCUGCCGGGCCGAUCACGACGUGGUGGAACGGGCCAGCCUGGGCCCUGGAGACCCGCUCAGCCCGCUGCACCCCGCCAGACCGCUGCAGAUGGCAGCAGAACCAAUCUCGGCCCGGCAGCCCGCGCUGCGGCCUCACGUCCACAAACAGCCGGAGAAGACCACCCGGGUCCGGACGGUGCUAAACGAGAAGCAGUUGCACACACUGCGGACUUGCUACAACGCCAACCCGAGGCCCGACGCCCUUAUGAAGGAGCAGCUGGUGGAGAUGACCGGCCUCAGCCCGCGGGUGAUCCGGGUCUGGUUCCAGAACAAGCGGUGCAAGGACAAGAAGAGGAGCCUGCUGAUGAAGCAGCUGCAGCAGCAGCAGCCCAAUGACAAGACGAACAUCCAGGGAAUGACGGGCACCCCGAUGGUGGCUGCCAGUCCAGAGCGGCACGACGGCGGCAUCCAGGCCAACCCGGUUGAGGUGCAGAGCUACCAGCCGCCCUGGAAGGUCCUGAGCGACUUCGCCCUGCAGAGCGACAUCGACCAGCCGGCCUUCCAACAACUGGUCAGUUUCUCGGAGGGAGGACCGGGUUCGAACUCUACGGGCAGCGAGGUAGCGUCCAUGUCGUCUCAGCUUCCAGACACGCCGAACAGCAUGGUAUCCAGCCCCAUCGAGGCCUGAGCAGCCGCCGCGUGGACGGACUGAACGGACUGAACUGAACACACAGACCCCCCAACCCCCCUG